CUCCACGAAACCCCCAGUUCCCACGUCGCCUCACCUAUGCUUGGGUAACUUGACUGCUACCCAACAUGAGGUCCCUCCCUCUAUUCUCGAGCUGCCUAGCAGCGCUUUCGGGCUUCGCCUGCGCCGAAUUGAACCUCUCGCAGCCGCUGCUCUCGAGGCAGGUGCUCCCCAGCACCUUCAAGCCGCCGCCCGUCUUCAAGAACGUCAACCUGGUCCGCAACACGAACCUGGACAAGGCAUACCCGCGAGAAACCAUCAACGUCAUCAUAGAAAACAUCGAUUCCAAGCCGCAAUCGAAAUACUACCUGCCGUUCGAAACCAGCUUGAUAUCGAGAGUUGGCGGGCUCGAGGUCAAGGACAAGAAGGAUGCAGACAAGGGCUUCUUCAAGGUCGAGGUCGUCGGGCUUGAUGCUCAGAGCUCGACCGAAUUCUACCUGAUCCACCUCCCCACUCCCCUCGCACCCAAGCAGCAGCAAACUCUCACCAUCUCCUACUCUGUCCUCUCUGCGCUUGCGCCGGUCCCUGCCAAGAUUGGGCAGUCUGAGAAGCAAUACGUCCAGUACACGUUCAGCGCCUACACGCCCUCCGCCUAUGUCACCGAGAAGCAAAAGACGAAACUCAAGUUCCCCAGCGGCGACGUCCCCGAUUACACCACCCUCCCGGCCGACCUCAACGCCGAGAAGAAGGCCGACCCGCAAAAGCAGGGCUCAACCUUCACCUAUGGCCCGUACAACGAUGUUCCAGCUGGUGCUGAACAGGAUGUCAGCGUGCGCUAUGAGUUCACGAAGCCGCUCACCCACGCUACGCUCUUGGAGCGCGACAUCGAGGUCUCGCAUUGGGGUGGGAACCUAGCCACGGAGGAGCGCUACUGGCUCACCAACCAGGGUGCUGAGCUGAAGAACCACUUUUCCCGCGUCGAGUGGCAGAAGACGCAGUACCUGAACCCUCCUUCUUCCGCCUUGAAGGGACUGAACCUCCCCUUGCACCCUGGUGCUAUGGACCCGUAUUUCACCGACGAUAUCGGCAACGUUUCCACCUCGCGUUUCCGACCGGGCAAGAAGGAGAACCUCCUGGAACUAAAGCCUCGCUACCCCGUUUUCGGAGGCUGGAAGUACAGCUUCCGCGUCGGCUGGAAUGCCGAUCUGAGCACUUACCUCCGCAAGCUCAGCAUGGGCGAUACUUAUGUAUUGAAGGUUCCCUUCCUUGAGGGCCCUCGCCUUGCUGAAGGUAUUCAGUACUCAAAGGUGCAUCUUCGUGUCAUUCUUCCUGAAGGUGCUACGAACGUCAAGUACUCCACCACAGUACCGCUGGUUGACAGCAAGACCACCGUCCACCAUACCUUUAUGGAUACCUUGGGCAGGUCUGCUUUGGAAUUGCAUGCCAUUAACAUCAUGGAUGAGUUCAGAGAGCGCGAUUUGAUUGUAACGUAUGACUACUCGUGGACCGCGGGUUACAGGAAGCCGAUCGUCAUUACUCUCGGCAUGUUUGCUGUUUUCGCAGCGACCUGGGUACUGGGCAGCAUUGACACGAGCAUUGGAAAGUCCAAGAAGGCAUGAAACAAGGUUUCGCGCCAGGAAACACGUUGAGACUUCAGACCGGCAUCAAUCGUGUCGCGGAAGCGGAAGGAUGAGCCGGGCAGACGUGAAUAGGGUUGGGAAAAGUCUAUGUAGGAGUACCAUCGGUUGAAAUCUUAUGAGAGUCCGCCCUGGACAAUCUAUGUAGAAAGCAUUGAAGCGUUCGCACAUGUUCCAAAACGUAUCUUCGCGC